AUGAAGACCAUACAAAGCGUUACUGUCUCGAAAGCGGCUAGUUAUGGCGCCGUAAGUGGUGUUUUACUUGCACUGUUCAUCAAUUUUCUUUUUAAUUUUGAGUUUGAAACAUUCAAAAAGAAAGCGAAAAGAAAACUGGAAAACGAAAUUGUGCUGCAAAGAAUUUUAGUGCUAAUUAUUUUAAUUGUACUUCUACCGACAGUACUCGCGUUUGUAGUCGUAGCUUAUUUUUAUAAGAUAUUGUGUUCUAUAAUCAUUAAGAGAAAAGACAAACAUUUUGCGGGUUUUCUCGAUAGUUUCGAUGUGUUUUGGAGUUUAGAAGAUGAUUCAACUAAGAGUAUUAUUAAUGUGCUAGGUGUUGUUGAAUCUAAUUCGUCGGAAGAAUUGAUUGAACAUAUAAAAGAAAGAUUACAGAGUAUCGUACAAAAUUCUCAUUGUGAGAAGCUGUUUUAUCGGAGAAACGAAGAAUUCGGCUUUUAUUAUUGGAGAAAGUGUUGUUAUAUCGACAUAAGCCAAUACGUACGCAUAAUUGACGUAGCAAAUACUACAGAUCUAAAUAAAUCUGAUUUAGAAGAAAUUAUGACUGAAAUAUCUUAUCAACCACUUCCAUUUAAUGAUGAAGGUUUGUUUCAAGUAUUAAUAACAAAUCAAAAAAUUCAAAGUAGAAACGGGACCAUAGAGUUUGGUGUUAUAUUUAGAAUACACCAUGCGGCGGGCGACGGAGUUGCUUUAAUAGAAUUUUUAUGUCAGACGUUAGCCGAUAAUAAAGAAAAUGACUCAAAUAUGUUUUGUAUGCCAGUAACAUACCCUGUUGAUAGCAAAAAAACAUCUAAUAAUUUAUUAAACAUGAUACGGACAUUAUGUGAAAUGCCUAUGUGCUUAGUUGAGGGGAUACUGAGAGAGCCUGACAAAAGCACUCUGCAUGGUCCGGCUUUAACGGGCAGAAAAUUUUUUAAAUGGACAGAAACAGAUAAUAAUUUAUUUCGCUUAGUUAGGGAGAUAAAAGACAACUCGGGCGAAUUUAAUUUCUCAGAUAUUCUAGCGGCGGCCCUAGCAUGUGGCUUACGAGAAUACUUUUUAAAGGGAGUUGACCCGGCGCCAAAUAAUGUAGCGGUGAUAUUGCCAAUAAGGUUUCCGCGGGCUAAAAAUGGUGAUUUGAAGUUGGAAAAUAAUUUUACUGUUAGCAUUUUUGAUUUACCAAUCGGAACAGAUAUAUACGAUAUAAAGGAGCGCUUCAACAAAUUGCGAGAGAGUGCUGAUCCUUUGACAAAUCACCAUCUCUUAAAGAUAUGCAGUGUUUUGCCAAAGGACAUUUUAUACCCCAUGUUCAAUAGCAGUCAAGCGACGAUGGUAUUAAGUAACAUGCCGGGCCCAAAGCUGUUGAGUAUCUGUGGUGGAGACUUGAAAUCUCUAGUAUUUUUCGUACCAAACAAAGGGAACACAGGUCUGGGUGUAACCGCUCUAUGUUACGACGGAAUACUUAGGUUCGGAGCUAUGGCCGAUUCAGCCAUUGUAUCAAAUUCGAACGAACUAUCCAUCAUAUUAGAUGUAAAAGGUAUGGAGAAGAUCAAAUCUAGAUCGUGCUCAUUUAUUAUGAUUUAU